AUGAGCAACAUUCCGGUCCCGUCGCCGCUGCAGCUCGGAGAGGAGCAGGAGGAGUCCUUCAGGACGUUCAAAGCGCAUUGGGGAUAUUAUGCGAUUGCCACUGAUAUUGCCAAGAAGGCCGCGGAGACACAGGUUGCCAUCCUGAUGUCCGUUCUGGGCCCAAAAGCGAUUUUGCUGCUCCAUGACCUGGGCCUGACAGAGGAGGAAAAGAAGUCGACGGCCGCCAUCUUGCAAAAGUUGGAGCUGAAGUUGACACCGCAGCGAGAGAAGCGAACGGAGCGCACCGAGUUUCGUAACAUGAAGCAGCUGCCCGAAGAAAGUUACGACGAUUUCUUGAAACGGUUGAGAAACAAAGUGAAGCACUGCGCGUUCGGAGCAGCGGAGCAGAAAGAAGAGUUGAAGGAACAAUUCGUGAAGGGAAUCCGUAACAGUGAGCUCCGGAAGCAGCUGCUGAGAGAUGAAGCUCUCUCUCUGGAACAAAUGGUGGACAAGGCCAACGCAGAGAAGAAGAUCGACGAGUUGGUGGAGGCCUACGACCAGCUCCACUGCGACCCGGGAGAGGGAGGCUCGAAGUCUGCGCUGAAAGUGACGACAACAAAACGGUUGACCAAGAACUGCUUCUUCUGUGGAAGUCUGCACGGCAGGAAGAAGGAAGAAUGUCCAGCCUGGGGCAAGAAGUGCAGAAAGUGUGGAAGAAUGAACCACUUUGAGAGUGUGUGUAAAUCUGGCCCGAAGUUCAAGAAGGCACCCAAGCUGAAGAAACGGCAAAGAAGAGGCACUGUCCGAAAGGUGGAAGAAGAAACAACUUCCAGUGAGAGCGACGAUUCGGACAUUGAAGAAUCGAAUUUUGUGGACAUCUUCAGUGUGGAGAAGAAAUCGAAAAGUCAGAUGAAGAUAGUCGUCUCGCUGGAAGUUGGGCCGGGUUACGCAACGACGCUCAAGUGUCAGGCGGACACGGGGGCUAUGGUGAACAUUAUUAGCUUGAGAGACCUCCACAAGUGCGUGAAAAAGCCGUCGAUGGCACCGACGAAAGUGAAGCUGCGCUGUUUCGGGGGGCAAGUGAUCGUGCCUGUUGGCAAAGUGGAACUUCCAGUGCGGUUGAAGCAAAAACGAGAAGUGCUUAGCUUUGUGGUGGUGAAAUCGAAGCAGAAGCCUCUGCUGUCGGCGUCGGCCUGCAUAACCUUGGGAGUGAUCAAAGUGGAGCAUGUUGGCUCAGUUGAAGUGAUGCAGAACUCGUGCGAGGCGAUCGUCAAGGAGUUUGAUGACGUGUUUGACGGAGAUGGCUGCUUCGACGGUGAGUUUAAAAUAGAAGUGGAUGAAAGCGUUCGCCCAGUGCAGCAAAAGGCGAGGCGCAUUCCGGUGGCGUACAUGGGAGAGCUGAAAAAGACUAUAAGUGACCUAGAAGUGCGCGGCAUUAUUGAACCGGUGAACAAACAUGCGGAGUGGAUCAGCAACCUAGUGUUAGUGAAGCGCGGCAGUAAGCUGCGAUUAUGUCUGGAUCCUUCGGAACUGAACUCGGCGAUCAAGCGUACCAGACACCAAAUCCCAACGGUCGAAGAAAUGUUGCCAGAUCUGCAGAACGCAAAAGUGUUCUCUGUCCUGGAUGCGAAAAACGGGUUUUGGCAUUUGAAGUUAGAUGACAGCAGCUCGGAACUGACCACGUUCUGGACACCGUUUGGAACCUACAGAUGGAUGCGGAUGCCAUUCGGCAUUUCGGCAGCCCCCGAAAUGUUCCAAAAGGAACAACAGCAGAUCAUCUGUGGCUUGAAAGGGACGCGCUGCAUCGCUGACGAUAUACUAAUAUACGGCGUAGGCGACACCAUGACAGAGGCAUUAGAGGAUCACAACAGGAAUCUGAAAGCUGCAUUGGUUCGGUUCCGAGAAAGAGGAUUGAAGAUCAACAGAUCCAAGAUGAAGCUAGCGAUGACCGAAGUGCCGUUUUUCGGACACAUUCUGACGAACACAGGUGUGAAACCGGAUCCGCAGAAAGUCAGAGCAGUUGCGGAAAUAGAGUCACCGAAAACCAAGAAGGAGCUCCACACGUUCUUGGGAUUGGCCACGUAUCUGGGAAAGUUUCUACCGUCGCUGUCAGAAAUUUGUGCUCCAUUGAGAAACUUGGUCAAGCAGGAUGUAGAUUUUGUGUGGAACGAGCAGGCAGAGAGCUCAUUCGAACAGCUGAAACAGUUGGCAGUUACGGCACCUGUUCUGCGCUACUUCGACCGGAGGGAAAAGCUGACCAUCCAGUGUGAUGCGAGCAAGGCAGGGGUCGGUUGUGUUCUACUACAAAACGGACAGCCAGUAGUUUACGGAUCAAGGACGCUGACAAAGGCCGAAAGCAAUUAUGCGUGUGUUGAGCGAGAAUGUCUGGCGAUAGUGUUUGCAUGCAAACGGUUCGAGCAAUACGUGGUGGGAAUGCCAGGUGUGAUCGUGGAGACGGAUCACAAGCCGCUCGUCGAGAUAUUCAAGAAGCCCAUACACACAGCCCCCAUCAGACUGCAGCGAAUGAUGUUGGCGUUGAAACGGUAUGUUGUAACUGUUACGUACCGGAAAGGUUCCGAAAUGCACGUGGCAGAUCUGUUGUCCAGAACGGCGAAACGAGCAUCAACCGAAGGAGUAGACAACGAGUUUGAGAUCUAUGCCAUCAAAAGCACGGAGAGCCUACUUGAAUACUUCGCGGAGAUCAACCUCGCGGAGUGCCUCAACCUGUCAGAUCGUCGUUUUCAAGAAAUUGCUGCUGAGACAAGAAAGGAUCCGGUUCUACAGAAGCUGAUGAAGGUGCUGACGGAAGGUUGGCCCGAACGGAAAGAGGACGUCGACGACGAGCUGCUUGUGUAUCGCACAAUGAAGGAUGAACUGACGGUGCAGCAAGGCGUGGUACUAAAGGCUGAUCGGGUACUCAUCCCAAAGACUUUACGCCAGACGUUCGUGAAACGUCUACAUAGAGCUCAUCAAGGAGUAGAAUACACGCUCAGAGCCGCCCGAGAGUCAAUGUUUUGGCCAGGAAUGAGUGAUCAAGUAACGAAUGCUGUUCAAAGUUGCGAAGCCUGCAUGGAGUUCAGUUCAAGCCAAUGUGCACCCCCAAUGAGCACACAUGAGAUACCCAAGUACCCAUUCCAGCGUGUGCAUUUGGACCUGUGCGAAGUGAGCAUGGAAGGUUGCAAAACUACAAUGCUGGUGACCGCUGACAGUUAUUCUGACUUCGUGGAGGUCGACAUACUGAAGAGCACGAGCACAGCAACCAUAGUAGAGUGCUGUAAGCGGAACUUCGCGAGACAUGGCGUCCCGGAAGUUGUUGUCAGCGAUAACGGGCCGCAGUUUGACAAUGCCAGUUUCAGAAAAUUUGCACAGGAUUGGGAGUUUGUACACAGCACUUCUUCACCGUAUCACCAGAGCGGAAACGGGAAAGCAGAAUCUGCUGUGAAGCAGGUCAAGCGGUUGUUCAAGAAGACUACACGGGCAGGAGAAGACUUCUGGCAAGCGUUGUUGCAGCAAAGGAAUACACCAAACAAAAUUGGAAGCAGCCCUACGCAGCGCCUUCUUGGAAGGAGCACUCGGAACAGCAUUCCGGUGGUGACAAGUAAGCUAAAACACAUUUUCCAACCAACAGAAGCGGACAAAAUUGUGGAACAUCGCAAGAAAGUGAAGAAGUGCUAUGACAGAUCAACGAAGCCGCUCCCGGAACUUCAAGUUGGAAAGGAAGUAGUGUUUCAACGACGGCCCGAUACAGACAAGCGGUGGGAGAAAGCGGUGGUGUUGGAGAAGCAUCCGGACAAGUCGGUGCAACUGAGAGCUGCAGAUGGAGCUGUGCUACGGAGAAGCGCUGUUCACGUGAAGCCUUUCGGGAGAGCUGUGAGCGCUGAAUGUAGAUUGGAGCACCGGCGGGAAACAAGUCCCGAGCAACCCAACAUCACGGAACGUGACAUAGAGUCUGGUGGAGUAUUGGAGAGGCGCUCACUCGGACAGCAGAAGCAACGUGAGGGCAACAGCCAGCCUGUUAGAACCGAGCUCGAUCCGGGAGCGCCAGCCGGACAGGAAAGUAUGGCUUCGACGUCACAAAGAGUAGCGGAUACCCAACGUCCGAAGAGGGAGAUCAAGAGACCCAAGAGGCUCGAGGAUUACGUAGUUUAA